CCCUCAUAAUAGAAACAGGAUUUGAAAAUGAAUAAAGGCGGAAAAAUAAGAGAUAAAUUAAUCAAUCACUAUGAGCAAUAAAUAGAUGAUAAAUUGAUUAAAUACAUCAUUUAUGUAUUAUAGGUCCUUUUGACAUAACUUCUCGACGCGCGAAGACGCUUAGUUACGUUGCUUCGCCUGAAGCCAUAUUACCAGAAGGGGGCAUGUUGAGUAUUAUAAUUAGAUGUAUUGCUUUAAGGUAUGAAUUUAAAAAUAUAUUAUUUGAAGAUUGAAUGAUUUUGGUUGUUCCUAAUGUCUAAAAAUAUGACAAUCAUUGGUUAUGAAUAAUUUUAGUGGUCCCAUCUUAUGCUCAAAUACAAGAAUUGUGUUUCAUUUUUAAGACAAAAAAGCGACGAAUUCUCCUAAUCGCAUGCAUUGCAUGAAUACAUAAUCUGAAAUCUCAACUUACAGACGACGCCAAAGUAAAUUGUUAUUUCAUAUUUGCAUAAGACCAUCAAGUGGAUACAAGGUUGUAAUAACCUAUAGCUAGUUAGAAUAUUGUGAAAGUUUAAAGUACAACUUGUAAAUUAUCGAUAACCUUAGAGAAUAUGAUAGGCUCCAAUACAAUCAAAAUCGAAAUACUCACUUCUUCUCCACGUAACGGAGAUCCCGAAUAUCCAUAAAAACAUUGAUAAAGUGCUAGGCCUAUCUUCCGUCCUCGUUACAAAUCGUCACUCAAAUUCCGUACCAAGUCUUUAACGACCAAUCUAGCUACGUAAAUUCUUAUAUUCAUGUCAAGCUUACGUUCUCCCGAAAAUUACUAGCACAAACAACAAGUUUCUCCGACUUUUCCUUGGGAAACUAUUUUUCACAUAUUGUUUCCCAAUAUUUGUUGUUGGCUUUUAGCAGGAAAUAAAAAAGGAAAAGGACACUGCUGCUGCUGCUGCUGCUGGACUCUGGAUAAUCUGACAUGGAGGCAGAGGAGAAACAACAACCACUAACCAGCAGCAAUAACGACCAAAAUAAAUUUUGACAGUUGGUGGCUAAAUAAUUGCUGCUACUGGUACCACAUCUCAAUUGGCUGGAUUCUCAAGGAGAUCGAUGCUUCCCCUCAUGUCGCCAUGUAUGUUUUCACUAAAAGCAAAUGAUUCUAGAGUAAUAUUUCCUUUCCUUAAUAGGAUUCCUAAUCCUAAUGUUUGAUGACAUCUUUCAAUCAUGUAACUAAGGAGCAUAUACCCAAUGGAAUUGAAGUAUUGAACUCCAUUGGCUUGAUUCUUUUUAGUAGGUAGAUUUUCUUUCUUUCUUUAUGGUGUAAAGGGGGAAAUGAAUCAACUAAAUCGUGGCUUAAGAUAAUUUGAUGUAAAGAGUUGAUUUCAAGACAUUUAAUUCACGAUUCUACAAACUAAGAAAUCAAAUUAGUAAGACACGAUAUAUUAUUUGCAUAAAGGUUAAAUAUUUGUUUCGAAUAGACGAAGUAUCAUACCCAAACAAUACCCAAAAGAGUAUACUGAUUACAGACAAAGUUAGCGAAGCUCAAAAGAAGAAAAAGGAAAACACAUUAGAGCUUGACCGACCCUACGAAAGAAAGCCCAAAAUAAGAAAAGGACACUAGGCCGUAAAUACAGCAGGCCCAAACUAACACUUGCGUAUCAAACCAACAAUCGUGCUGGCGCUCGUUGGUACAAACAACCAUAUUAAUAAAAAAAAUAUUAAGAGAUGAUCAAUACGUUUUUAAUAACAAACUUUAUUUCAAAAUUUGAAAAUAUUAUGUUCAAUUGAUUUAUUGAAUUUAUGAUAAGAUAAUAAUGUCAGGUGUUACUUAAGAUAUUCGAACUUGAGACAUUCAUGUUGAGAAUGAAUGAUAGUAUCACAUGACCGAACCCUUAUUCACAUUAUUCAAUGUUGAGCACAAGUUUUAAUUUCACACUGAACUCAUAUUUUUUUAUAGAAAAUAUAGACUUAUGUAUAAUUCUAUAUCCUCAAAAUUAUUUAUUUCUCUAUUAAAAUAAAAACAAGUACACAACCUUAGACUCAUUAAUGGAAGAAGGAAACCUUGGAGAAUUUGAGAACAAGCACAACACUAUUGACUCUCUCUCUCUCUCUCUCAAGUCCCCCAUCACAAAACAAAGGAAAAAAAAGAGGAAAAUCAGAGAGCAGAGUGACUGGCAAAGUGCAAACACUCCCCACAGUCCGCCCACCAAACAGAGACCAUACUCCGUCACUCUCUACCCUCACAUCCCAUUCACAGGGAACGCCCAACCUGUCCAUAAAUAAACCUCUCCACGAAAUCCCCACACUUGUCGAUCAUAAAUUCAUACUUCUCUUUGUUCUCCCCCAAUUCCCAUUCAAACAACAAUCUUCCUUCCCCCGGCCGGCGAUCUUGAUUCCCCAACAUCGCCGACGCUAGUUACCCCUGCUGGCUACAGUAUGUUCUCUUUCUUCAUUCUUCCUCUCUUUGUAUUAGACCUUUCACCAUUCCUUACUCUGUCCCUUUCGUUUGCUCGCGUUGUUACAAUUCUGCUAUGACUCUGCUCAUGGAUCUGCUACUGCUUUUCUUUUGGGUUGUGCAUUCGUUUUUCAAUGUGGGAUUCGAGAUUUGGGAUUGAAGGAGGCUUCUUGUUCAAUUGUUCGAAAGUUUUCAUCUUUGGUUUCUGGGUAUUGUUGGGUUGUGGGAAAAUUGAGAUGGGUUCUGCUAACGAAUUCGAUUCCUCUGUUUCUGCAAGUUUUAUGUACUAUGUGUGAAGCUUCUUUGUAACCUAUUGUUGGAACUUGACGUGGGAGAUUGAUUUUCUUUUGGUCUGCAGGUAUUGCUUGUGCUUUUCUCCUGUGCUUCAAGCUUUCCACGCCAUGGCAGAUCUGAAGUCGACAUUCCUAAAGGUUUAUGAUGUCCUGAAGAAGGAUCUCCUGGAAGACCCUGCCUUUGAAUGGAGUCCUGAUUCUAGUCAAUGGGUUGAAAAGAUGUUGGACUACAAUGUGCCUGGAGGGAAGUUGAACCGGGGAUUAUCCGUGGUAGACAGCCUCAAAUUGUUGAAAGAAGGGGAUGGCCUAACUGAAGAUGAAAUCUUUCUUUCCAGCACCCUUGGUUGGUGCAUUGAAUGGCUUCAAGCAUACUUUCUGGUACUUGAUGACAUCAUGGAUGCCUCUCACACUCGCCGUGGUCAACCUUGUUGGUUUAGGCUGCCCAAGGUUGGUAUGAUUGCAGUAAAUGAUGGUAUUCUGCUGCGGAAUCAUAUUCCCAGGAUGCUCAAGAAACACUUCAGGAACAAGGAUUACUAUGUGGAUCUCCUAGAUUUGUUCAAUGAGGUGGAGUUUCAAACUGCCCAUGGACAGAUGAUAGAUCUAAUUACAACGCUUGAAGGAGAAAAGGAUCUGUCUAAGUACACCGAGUCACUCCACCGAAGAAUUGUCCAGUACAAGACAGCUUACUACUCCUUUUACCUCCCUGUUGCUUGUGCAUUGCUGAUGGCUGGUGAGAAACUCGAAAGUCAUAUUGAAGUGCAGAACAUUUUGGUUGAGAUGGGAACCUACUUCCAAGUGCAGGAUGAUUAUUUGGAUUGCUUUGGUGAUCCUGAGACUAUUGGCAAGAUAGGAACAGACAUUGAAGAUUUCAAGUGCUCAUGGUUGGUGGUAAAAGCAUUCCAACUUAGCAAUGAAGAACAGAAGAAAUUGUUGCUCGAGAACUAUGGCAAAGCUGAUCCAGGCAAUGUUGCCAAAGUGAAGGCCCUCUACCAUGAAUUGAAUCUCCAGGGAGUCUUCGAGGAGUACGAGAGCAAAAGCUACGAGAAAAUAAUAACCUCCAUAGAAGCUCAUCCCAGCAAAGCUGUGCAAGCAGUGUUGAAGUCCUUCCUGGGCAAGAUUUAUAAGAGGCAGAAGUGAGAAGCAAGAGAGAGACCACCCCAAAUCUUCAUUGCUAAGAUGAGAGGGCUCAUUGUGUUGCAAAUCUGUACCCUUUGUUGUAUUUGUAGGCUUUUUCUGAUCUCCCUUACAUCUCCCUUUCUUUCUUUCCUUCGAAUAAUUCCAACAAACCCCUACUGUUGUCCCCUAAUUUUCCACUCUAACAAACUGGAAAAAAAUAGGCAAGCUUCCUUUUCUCUUAAUCUUCGUCUUUGGCUACCUUAGCAAUGGAGCUUUCUUGAUUCUUGGCAACAACUUGUCCCUUGUUGCCAUUUUUCUUAAGGCCUCAACCCCUGUACUGAAGUGAUUAAGCUGAUAAGAGACUGUCAUGCCAUCAUCAUUUCCGAAAAUCUAAGACCAAUGAGUGUCGUGCAUUUGAAGAAAUCUUGUUUUGAAGAACAAAUGACAGCAUCUGAUGAGAUGCCUAAACUGCCUGGAUCACACACGCGCUGUAAAAUAUCACAAUAUUGCUUCUACAUGCUGCAGUAAUAUCUUGGGGUUUUUUCGAUAUGAUGAUGCCCAGGUAGGUGGGUAUUUGUCGAGUGGUGGAACGUACAUCGUCGUACAUAUGGCUACAUGCUUUACAGAGCAUUGCUAUAAGAGAUUUGGUUGUCAUUUGACUCAUUCUCUUUACUUUUUGUAUAGACAAGAUAGAACUGUUCAUAUUGUGACUAAAAUUAUGCUCUUGAA